AAUUAUUCAGUAAUAACAAAUUAAUCAUCACCAGUUAGGUAUUGUAAUACCUCAGAUGCUGUUAAGAUUUCCUGUUACCUUUCUCAGAAGAGUACCAUUUGUUUUAUUUGAAGUGCAUUUGCAUUCUAAGAGAUUGUUUUGUCUCACAGGGAUCUGCCCUUGAGCUGAGUUACUUACUCUAUUACAUGUAUUUUUAGUAAAUAUCUCUAAGACAGCUGUUGAUUGUUACUACUUUAUUAUAAUAUACAAUUUCCAAAAAUACUUGAGUAAAAUUGAAAAUAACCAUUUCACAACCCUACUCAAGUGAAAUAUAAUACUUAGGUCAAUAAACUACUCAAAGUACAAGUUAUUUUUAAUACUGUUUAGUGUGUGCAGGUCAGAGAUCUUCACAAGUCAUUUUAUGCAAGUCCAAGUGGAGUCUCUUUUUGGAAUAAUAAGUAAUAAAUCUCUCCCUGAGCAUGAACAACAUGUAUGCCAGAUACUUCAACUCUUGCUGGAAAAUGAAGAAGCUGUAUGUUAAACUGAAACCUAGAGAAACUGACCCUAGAGAAAUUGCACCACUGGUUGGAGGGUACUGGCCAUUUAUUCGUUGUGUGGAUUGAUCAUAAGAAUCUCAUAUAUUCAAUCUGCCAAACAGCUAAACUCAUAUCAGGCUAGGUGGGCUUUUCUUUUUGGGAGGUUUAAUCUGUCUUUGACAUAUGGUCAAGGUUCCUGCAAUGUCAAGUUAGCUGCCUUGUCCUGCUAGUAUGUCUCUAAACAGACGUGGAUCCAGGGGAUAAAGUGGGCGUCAAAUCAGAAAAAGACAGAUAGAUAGAAGGUUUGCACAGUGAUUUCAUUGUACCUUAGUAUUUAUGUUUUGAUACACUAAAUUGGGGUGUUUCGUAUCUUACUUUUAAAUACAGUACAUUUUGUAUCUUUGCCCAUCCAUGAGUGUAGAGAAUAACAAACCUCUGUAUGAGUGUGAUGUAACGUUCACGUUUGAUGCUGAAAGAGGAUGUGCCGGUUUGACACCCCUCUUCCCUUUCAGGGUGAAGCCUAGUAGAGUCCAAUGGAUGAGACCAGGUCUGAGGAAGUAUUCCUGUGAACUCGCACUCGACACAAACACACGACACAGAAAGAUCAAACUGUCUGACAACAACAGGAAGGCGACACGUAUGAGAGAGGAUCAGUCAUAUCCUGAUCAUCCAGACAGGUUUGACUUCCAGUGUCCUCAGCUGCUGUGUAGAGAUGGUCUGACUGGUCGCUGUUACUGGGAGGUCGAGUGGAGAGGAGGAGUUGAAAUAUCAGUUAUUUACAGGGGAAUUGGAAGGAGAGGCGACAAUACAGCCUUUGUGUUUGGAGGGAAUGAUCAGUCCUGGAGUCUGAGCUGCUCUGAUGAUGUUGGUUACUCUGUCUGGCACAAUGACAGAAGAAAAUCCUCCUCCUCUGACAGAGUAGCAGUGUAUGUGGACUGUCCUGCUGGCACUCUGUCCUUCUACAGAGUCUCCACUGACACACUGAUCCACCUCCACACCUUCAACACCGUAUUCACUGAACCUCUUUAUCCUGGAUUUGGGUUCUGGUCAUAUGUUUCCUCACUGUCUCUGUGCUCUCUGUCAGAGGGAGAGUCUCUUCCUGCUAGAGAAACUUUCACUGCUGACCAGAUAGUUCAAUCUGUACUGGAUCUCGCACAGCUGAUGUUAGUUAGUACCAACCUGAUGUAAAGUAGUAUAUGCAUCAGUGUUAGUAUAAUAGAGAUAGUGUCACAUUCGUCUGACGUCAAACAGCUAAAGACUCAAUCUGCAGCUUUUCACUUCGUGGAAAAGAAACCUCUGUUCAUUUGUUUUCUGCUUUCCAGUUUUGGGUUGUUGAGUUGUGUCCUGUUUUCUUUUGAAAUUGUUGGAAAUCAUGGUGCCUUGAACACUCCGUUGUGUACAAAACGCACUGCAUUUUCUCCAAAUGGGAGAAAAAAUACCUC